CCACCGAAUACCUUAUCUUUACAAUCGGUAUGACAAUAUUUUCCAUUCUCACCUACCUAAUUUCCUCAAGAUAUCUGAAUCUGAUUUUUAUGCACAGGGGGGCUCUGAAAUGCAGAGCUUGAUCACCAUGAACUCAUCCUCCAAUAUCUCCGCAUCCCUUUUGUUUUUCUGCGUUCUAAUUUGCUUCCUCAGCCUCAGAACCAAAGCAACCCCAACUUUUUUUGAUCUUAUGUGCCCAAACACAACGACUUACACACCCAACAGCACAUACCAAUCCAACCUCGACACCCUCUUCUCUUCCCUCUCCUCCAAUUCCACCACCACCACCAAUGGCUUCUCCAACUCCACCGCCGGCCUUAGCCCCCCCGACAUAGCCUAUGGCCUCUUCCUCUGCCGCGGCGAUGUUUCCACCGACGUUUGUCAGGACUGUGUAUCCACUGCUACUAAAGAAGUAGUAAAAAAGUGUCCCAAGUCAAAAGAUGUCAUAAUUUGGUACGAUGUGUGCAUGUUGCGAUACUCGAACCAAUCUAUCUUCUCUAUUGCUGAUGAAUCUGUUAUAUUUAUCUCAGACAAUACCCAGAAGGUAACUGAUCCAAACAGGUUUGAUGAUGUCUUGGGAAUCAUAAUGCAUGACAUAGCAACACGGGCUUCAAAUGGUGUGUCGGGUAAGAAAUUCGCGACAAGCGAAGCUAAUUUCACGUCGCUUCAAAAGGUGUAUGGCCUCGCGCAAUGCACACCGGACUUGAAUGCUAUGGAAUGUAAUAAAUGUCUUUGGGAAUGUAUCUCAAAUUUUCCGAGUUGCUGUGAUGGAAAGCAAGGUGCGAGAAUUUUGUUUCCAAGUUGUAAUGCUCGGUAUGAGUUGUACCGGUUUUACAACGCCGCCGGCACUGCACCAGCACCUCCUCCACCAGUCCUUCUUCCCCCUCCUCCUCCUCCCGCUGCAAGCAGUCUAGGAAAGGGAGGAAUCUCAUCGCAAGUACUUGUCGCCAUCAUUGUUUCAAUUGGGGGCUCUGUUUUGCUUAUCAUUAUAGGAUUCUGUUUCAUAUUUAGGAGAGGGAAGAAGAAACAUGAUGCUGUUGAAUCAGAUAUUGUUGGGAAUGAAAUUACAUCAGUACAAUCCUUGCAAUUUGAUUUGGCUACAAUUCAAGUCGCCACAAACAACUUCUCUGAUCAUAACAAAAUUGGUCAAGGUGGAUUUGGAUCCGUCUACAAGGGUAUACUUACCAAUGGACAAGAGAUAGCUGUGAAGAGGCUAUCUCGAAAGUCAGGACAAGGUGCUGAAGAGUUCAAGAAUGAGGCUGUGUUGGUAGCCAAGCUUCAACAUAGAAAUCUAGUGAGGGUACUCGGAUUUUGCUUGGAAGGAGAAGAGAAGAUACUCAUUUAUGAAUUUGUGCCCAACAAAAGCCUGGAUUACUUUCUAUUUGAUCCACAAGAACAAGAAAAGUUGGAUUGGUCAAAACGUUACAAGAUUAUUGGAGGAAUAGCUCGAGGGAUGCUUUAUCUUCAUGAAGAUUCUCGACUUAAAAUUAUACACCGUGAUCUCAAAGUUAGCAAUGUUCUAUUAGAUGGGGAUAUGAACGCAAAAAUUUCAGAUUUUGGCAUGGCUAGGAUCUUUGGAGUGGAUCAAACUCAAGGAAAUACAAACCGAGUUGUUGGAACAUAUGGUUAUAUGUCUCCAGAAUAUGCAAUGCGUGGAAAAUUUUCGGUGAAGUCUGAUGUGUUUAGCUUUGGUGUCUUAGUUUUGGAGAUUAUAAGUGGCAAGAAAAAUAAUACCUUUUACCAAUCAGAAUGUGCGGAGAACCUUCUAAGCUAUGCUUGGAAACUCUGGAGGGAGGAAAAACCAUUGGAACUAAUGGAUUCUACUUUGGAAGGGUCAUAUUCAAUAAAUGAAGUCAUUAGAUGCAUUCAUAUUGGCUUGUUGUGCGUCCAAGAAGAUCCAGAUGCUAGACCUUCUAUGGCAGCGAUUGUUGUAAUGCUUAACAGUUACUCAGUUAAUCUGUCAAUUCCUCAACAACCUGCAUUCUUUGCUUGUAGUAGAACAAAGCAAAAAACAAGACAAGACUUAGAAUCGGAUCAAUCUACAAGCAAGCCAAUAUCAUGGUCUGUGAAUGAAAUAUCAAUUACUGAAUUAUAUCCCAGAUAAUGUGAAGUCGGCCAUAUGAAGAUUCAAUGAUAACUUUAUUUUGUAAAAGAAAUACACUCAAACUCAAAUACAAAAAAUAUAUUUCAAUAUUUGUAAGAUUUAGAACACUAAAAAACGUAAUUAGAAAUUAAAUAUGUAAUAGUGUGAUUGAUUAUUCAUUCCCUUCAAGCAUGUCACUUUCAAGUAUGUCAUUUAUGUGUAUCUUGUAACAGUGUGUUUGAUAAUACAAUCAAGUUCAUUAUUCACAGUCAAA